CACUAGAUGGAGACAAAUAGGCUACACAUUUUAAUGCCUUCAUGAAAUGUGAUUAUUCCGCACACCAUCAUAGUCUGUAGUCUUGCAUAACAAUCAUGACAGCUAAACGGGUUUAAGACGCACAGCAGAUUCAACUACUCUAUGUAAGAUGAAUACUGAGGACAAGUUGGAGGGUAUGCUGCUGAAGUGCAGCAGUGGAGGAAUAGAUGGAGGAGGAAGAGUCGGGCUGGUCAGCGGCGGAGGGCUGGUGGUGAUGACCCUGGGGGAACGAUCGCUGGCUAACCACCCUCUGUUGGCCGAGGACGAGGACGACGAAGACGAUGACGAAGCCUUGACCGGCUCGCUGGUUACACAUGACCUGGUCCCUCCAGAGCAGCUGAUGAUGCAGGAGGAGAUGACGAAGAAUGGUGGAGGAGGAGAAGAGGAGGGAGGAGGCGAGGUGGGAGUGCAUUUCCCCCUAAAACUCACCAAUAAGUUGCCCUACUUGCUUCAUAUGCCAUUGAGCAUCAAGCAGGAACUACCAGUCCAGAUGAAGAAGGACAAAAAAGGAGUUAAGGACCUGAUGGUGUGUCCUAAGAAGAAAAAAAGGAAGCAGCGUUCCCCAGCAAAGAUUCUCAGUAUCAAUGAUGAUGGCUCAUUGGGCAUACAAAACCCCAAGUGUCACAUCUGUGUUCACUGUAAUGCUGCAUUCAGAACCAACUACCAUCUACAGAGGCAUGUCUUCAUUCACACUGGUGAGAAGCCAUUUGAGUGCAGCCAGUGUGAUAUGCGCUUCAUUCAGAAGUAUCUUCUUCAGAGACAUGAGAAAAUCCACACUGGUGAAAAGCCUUUUCGCUGUGAUGAGUGCGGGAUGAGGUUCAUCCAGAAGUACCACAUGGAGAGACACAAGAGGACUCACAGCGGAGAGAAGCCCUACCAGUGUGACUACUGUCAUCAGUACUUCUCCAGAACAGAUCGGGUUUUAAAGCACAGACGAAUGUGUCACGAGAAUAGAGAGAGAAAGGCCAACAAGGCAGCUGGUAAAGUUGGGCCUUUGCGGGAAGCAGAUUCUUUAGGCCUCUCCUUUCUUACCAAAGAGUGUUCGCUCCCCAAGAAGAAGCGGCAAAAGUGUGCAGACAGGAGUUCAGGUGCUUCCACUGCCAACCAGCCAGAUGGGCCAGCUGCCUCUGUUGUAGGAAUGGAGGAAAAGGAGGAGCAGAGACAGAAUAAAAUUGAAGGUCUACCUCUCUAUGCUGUGCCCUCCAAAGUCAAACAUGAGUAUGUGAUUGCAGAUUACUCCGUGGAACUUCCUGAAGAAACGGCCGGCCAACACCAAGAGGGAGAAGUGUCUUCAGAAGACACGACUCCUCCCAAACUAGUCCUGAAGAAAGUCCCCAAGAGGAGUCUUAAACAGUCUAAUGAACAAACUCCUCCCUGCCUGUCCACUUUGUCUUCCUUUGAGGAAAACACUAAGGUCACACAGUACACCUUUGAGAUCGUGGACAAGCAGGGCCUUUUAGACGUAGAGAGCAACACUGAACUAGAGUCAGUUGAAACUCUUCAAGGAGGUCCAACAAAGCCAGCAGCUAGCAGCACAAACUACGACGAUGCCAUGCAGUUUCUCAAGAAGAAACGUUACCUUCAGGCUGCAAUGGCCAACAACAGUCGGGACUACGGCCUGAACACGAGCAGCAUUUCUUCUCAGCCGCCUGUUACACAAACUGUGGUGUCAGCCGUCAUUGACGAGACCGUCCCUGCCACCAUUCUGGAGCCCCAGCCCAUCAGCGCAGAGAUUAAAGCCACACAUGACAAGCAUGUGUUGCCAGAUGAGGUUCUCCAGACGCUGUUGGACCAUUACUCCAACAAAGCCAAUGGGCAGUCAGACAUUUCCUUCAGUGUGGCUGAUACCGAGGUGACGUCGAGCAUAUCCAUCAAUUCCUCUGAUGUUUCAGACAACAGCCCCGGGGAGAGUCUCGGAGCCUCCAGUGCCCAGGCUCAGCCGGCUACCGAGAAGGUCAGCCUCUUGCAAGAAUACUCCAAGUUUCUCCAGCAAGCACUGGAGAGGACCAGCCAGAACGACAGCUACCUGACCAGCCAGAGCCUCAGCUUGGUCUCUGAAAACCCCACCUUAGCUGGGCAACCUCUGUUCUCCACUGAGAAACAGUUUCCUUCCCCCAGCAGGUUCAAAUCAGGGAUGAGCUCUCCGCUAAGGUCCACUUUAGAGAAACCUCACUUUGGAUUACUGGUUGGGGACUCCCAGCACUCAUUUUCAUUUUCAGGUGAUGAGACCACCCCUCCCUCCGCAGUGUCCCCAGCUGAGGAGGACUUUUUGGGGCAGGUCUCACCCUCCAAAAAGACAGACUCUCCACAAGGCAUACUGCAGACAUUUCAGAUAACCUCCUUCGAUCAGAACUUCAAAUCAACUUUUCAGACAUCAAGAUCUGGAUCCUCUGCACAGUUUACUGUUGCCAAUGGACAAUUAAGUCUUCGAGGACACAGCACAGACUUCUCAGAGUUCCCCUUAGUCAGAGUCACUGAGACCAGGUCUCAACUGAACUCCUCCCCUGAUGUUUCAUCCAGUGAAACCUUUGGCUGAAGGCGGGGGGGGGGGAUUAAUUUCUGUUCAUAAUUUCAGCAGCACUUUACAUGUCUCCUGUUUUGCCAAAACGAGUCCCAUUGCAACUAUGUGCUAUUUUUUUUACAGCAUUUUGUUUGGUUUUUUUUUUGUUAAAUGCAACCUUACAGAAUGGAAAUAUGGAAAAUUGAUAAAUCACAAUUAGCAUUUCCCCCUUUAAAAAGGUAAUUGGAAUUGUGCAUUGGUAUAUUUCUUGCUCCAGAAUGUAGAUUGAAAGAUUAAGACGCAACCAAAGUGAAAUGCAAGAAAGUGCGAGAAUGAAAUAUCCUAUCAUGCCAUUGCCAUAUAGUUUAUUUUUAAUGUUUUGUCAGUCGGUUUGCCUUGCACAAAGAAAAGAUCAAGUCACUCUUGCUGCUUAAUGCAACAUUUCCACUUAUUAAAAUAUAGGCCCUAUUUAAAUAUGCCUUUUUUGCUCUCACUGUAUCUACCUCCCCUUGCUAUUUAUCUGGUCCACUCCUAGAAACCUUUUAUUCCAGCUGUGUAAUUCCUGUUAAAUUGUCUACUGAAAUGACACCACGAUUAGAUCAAAUCGGAUUCUUCUUCACUUUAUGUUG